AUGAUGAAAGUUCAUCCGCUUCCGAAGAAAACAAGUUUAACUUUCAGUUACACUUCUACAGAAACUCAGAGACUCAUGUCAAGACAGAAGAAACUUCAUAAACUUCCACACGUAUUUUCGAAAGUGCUAGAGCUACCUUUUCAUUCUGACACAGAUGUGAUUGUUGAAGAAACGUCUACUUGUUUCCGUUUCAUAGUAAAAACAGAUGAUGAUUUUGGUAAUGAUGUUGUGGCGCAUAAGAUUGAUAUUCUUCCUGGUGUUACAAAGAUCGUAAUUGCUAAAGGAGGAAAUAAUAAUAAUAAUCUUGUUGAAUUUUCUUUGGGUGAUUUUGAAAUUGAUUUAUGGAGAUUUAGACUUCCUUCAUCAACUAAACCAGAACUAGCUAGUGCUGUUUAUGUUCGUGGUGAACUUGUUGUUACAAUUCCUAAAGAAAUGAAUUCUGUGGAAGAAGAUGAAGGAUAUGGUGAGAUCAGAGGUGGAAUCACUCGUUUUAUCGUUGUACAGUAA